UAUGAAUGCCUCCCUGAGAUAUGCCUACCUGCUCUUGAGAGAAGCUGAGAGCGGCUCAGUUUGGCUCGCGUGCUCUCGGCACUGACUCCUGGCGGGCGGCCAGCGCCCGGGCUAUACCAUUCCAACUGAGGCUGGGGGCGAGGUCGGACCACUGAUUCAGGAACUGAGCUCUAGAGAGAGGCGGGGAUGGUUGAAACCCGGAGUAGAAGACAGCUUCUUGAACACUUUCUCAAGGAGCAGACCCUCCCUGCACAUCGAAGCGGGACAGCGUGAAAAUGCGAUUUUAAAAUAUUAGAAAAAUAUAUAUGCUUUCUAUAUAUUUCCUGACGACCUGCCCCUGACAGCGCGAUGUACAAUACGGUGUGGAGUAUGGACCGCGAUGACGCAGACUGGAGGGAGGUGAUGAUGCCUUAUUCGACAGAACUGAUAUUUUAUAUUGAAAUGGAUCCUCCAGCUCUUCCACCAAAGCCACCCAAGCCAAUGAUUUCAGCAAGUACAAAUGGAAUGAAGGACAGUUCCAUUCCUCUUCAAGAUGCAGAAUGGUACUGGGGAGAUAUUUCCAGGGAGGAAGUAAAUGACAAAUUACGGGACAUGCCAGAUGGUACUUUCUUGGUCCGUGAUGCCUCUACAAAAAUGCAGGGAGAUUAUACUUUGACUUUGAGGAAGGGAGGCAACAAUAAAUUAAUAAAGAUCUACCAUCGGGAUGGUAAAUAUGGCUUUUCUGAUCCUCUGACAUUUAAUUCUGUGGUGGAGCUCAUUAACCACUAUCAUCAUGAAUCUCUUGCUCAGUACAAUCCCAAGCUUGAUGUGAAGCUGAUGUACCCAGUGUCCAGGUACCAACAGGAUCAAUUGGUAAAAGAAGAUAACAUUGAUGCAGUAGGUAAAAAACUGCAAGAGUACCACUCUCAAUAUCAGGAAAAGAGCAAAGAAUAUGACAGGCUAUAUGAAGAAUAUACCAGAACAUCUCAGGAAAUACAGAUGAAUAGAACUGCAAUUGAAGCUUUUAAUGAAACAAUUAAAAUAUUUGAAGAACAGUGUCACACACAAGAACAACACAGCAAAGAAUAUAUUGAGCGAUUUCGCAGAGAGGGGAAUGAAAAGGAGAUUGAACGAAUUAUGAUGAAUUAUGAUAAAUUGAAAUCAAGACUGGGUGAAAUUCAUGAUAGCAAAAUGCGUCUAGAGCAGGAUUUGAAGAAACAAGCUUUGGACAACCGAGAAAUAGAUAAAAAAAUGAAUAGUAUCAAACCUGACCUGAUCCAGCUGCGCAAGAUCCGAGAUCAGCAUCUUGUAUGGCUCAAUCACAAAGGAGUGAGACAGAAGCGUCUGAAUGCAUGGCUUGGAAUCAAGAAUGAGGAUGCUGAUGAGGCCUAUUUUAUCAGUGAAGAAGAUGAAAACCUGCCACAUUAUGAUGAGAAAACCUGGUUUGUUGAGGAUAUCAAUCGAGUACAAGCAGAGGACUUGCUUUAUGGGAAACCUGAUGGUGCAUUCUUAAUUCGUGAGAGUAGCAAGAAAGGAUGCUAUGCCUGUUCUGUGGUUGCCGAUGGGGAAGUGAAGCACUGUGUGAUCUACAGCACUGCUCGGGGAUAUGGCUUCGCAGAACCCUACAACCUGUACAGCUCGCUAAAGGAGCUAGUGCUUCAUUACCAGCAGACAUCCCUAGUUCAGCACAACGACUCCCUCAACGUCAGGCUUGCUUACCCUGUCCAUGCACAGAUGCCCUCACUGUGCAGAUAAAGAGAGCGCUCUUGCAUUUUCCUACAGUUUUUAUUAAGACUAUGAUGAGGGCAUUCUUUCUACGUGGACUGCUUGUUUUGCACAAGAAGUGAUUUCUGUGAAUGUGAAGUGGAGAGGCCAAGCAGUAGCCAGCCAGGAUGGGGAAACAAGGGGCCUGGAGUCUCUGGGACUCAGUGGUGCUACUGCACUGAAAUACUAAGCCGGAAACAGAUGCUGUUUUUUGGAAAGUCUGUUUCAUUGGAGGUUUUGUUUCUGUUUAGCCAGGUACUCUCACCAGAACGUACUGGGUUUGGGGGUAGAGAGUAGGAUUCAGAAGCCUCUGAAGAGACAAGUUCUCUUUUGGUCUUCAACUCUGUUGGGAGUUCUGUUUUACUCUGGUAGUCUCUUAUCCCAAACAAGGUUGUCUGUGAUAGAAUGUUAUUUGGUUUUUUUUUUUUAAAAGACAACCAAAGGGAAAUAGGGAGACUUGGGAUUUCAUUUUUAAAAAAAUGUAAGCCAACGGGGUUUAAAAAAAACAACAAAAAACCUUCAACUGAAGGUCCUUUAUUUCUUACAAACAUAAUUAGCAAUUUAGGCUUUACCAUCUCCCUCCUCUAAAGAAACAUAUUGUUCAGAAACCAACAAAGCAAUGUUUGUUGCCAGACCUAGCUCUAAACAGAGAAGGUGUCACUAGAAGUUGAAUGCAGGCUUCUGUACCAAAACUUGAAAAUAAGAACUAGAAAUGUGAGUUUUAGCAAACACUAACAUCCGUCAAUGCAUUUUCUUCUGUUCCAUCCUUGUAUCUCUAAGAUGAGGAAUCGCAUUCUUUUUGUGGGGAUAGUAAGCUUUGAAUCAUAAAAUGAAGUUGGUGCUCGUGUGAUGUUCCCUUAGCUUAAAGAAUGAUCUGUUGUUUGAAACCUUCGUAACUUGUUUGUAUGAGUAAAGAAGUGCAAUCCAGUGCUUUUAGAUGGCUUGAUAUACCAAAUAUAGAACAACAUUCUUCUGUGUGCUUUUCUAUGUUUAAAGGCCCUGCAAGAACAAUAUGACUAAAGUUAAAUGGUUUAAUUUCAUCUCCCACACUUUUCUGGGUAGCAUUUGGGAUUCAAAGGUGGCUAAGGAAAGGGAAUCACAUUGUAUCAAAGACCUCAGUAAAUCACAGACCCAGGGCUGUGGUGUCCAGGAUCUGGGCAUAACAUGUUACACAUAUUCUUUCACACAAUUGUUUCUGAAACUUUUGCAGGGAGGAGAGAAGGUGGCUUUGAGUUUAGACUGUUAGAAGCCAUCUGGAAGCUUUUGUCUUUGUCUUUUUGUUAUCUUGCCAUUAAGGCAGUGUGCAGUCUGCCCUCAUGCUCCAGUGGUUGUGAUUUUAGGCCAGGAAUCUUCUGCUCCAUGUGGUUUCAACAUUUCAGCUGAGUGAAGCUAGGCGAACACAGUGGAGGUCAGGCAUCAACUCCUGACUCCAUUAUGCCCCAUACUCAUCAGUCAACACUUACUUGACAGAGUCCAGCUGCCCCUGAGCCAGUCCUGGAACCAUAAAGGGCUUAGUGUGAGUCAGCUGUUUGAGCCAGGGCUGUGCAGUCCGCCCCAGUACCCAGGUCUUGGUUUAUAAGGCUUAUAGCUAAGAAAGCUCUAGUUUUGGGGCUGAAAAAUAUUACUUUACCUGAGCACUUAACUGGGUAACGGUGUCUAGAGUGGACCAUGACAGAUUAAAAGAUUUGGAAAUUUUUCCAGUUUCUAACAAUGAGAAUAGGAAAGAAAGGGUGUAACUUUGGCUUUUCCUUUCUUACAUUGCAGUUUCAGGGCUGGAAAAGAUCAAGACAAAUGAACCCACUCCAAUAUUACUGUUCUGACUUAAGCCUUUAACUGACAGCCAGCAAGCACAUCCUUUCCCUAAACUGCCAGAUUGAAAUCUUGCCAAAAUUUUUACUGAGAAAUGCCAGGCUAAAUUGCUGCUGGCCAUACCUCUGUGAUUUUGCACCUGAUGUUGAACCUGCUUAAUAAGCAGUUAUUGGUCAAGAUUGGGUGAAAGGAAUCCCUCCUAUACAGUUCUAGUGUGUUCUGAAUGUCUUAACCCCAAAUGGAAUGGGAUACAUCCCUAUAGUGUUGACAAAUAUGUACAUCUGUAUCUUGUUGGACAGACAUGGAGGGUGUGCAGGGAGAACAAGCACAACCUGAGUAUCUAUACUUGGUCUGGCUUAUGGAGAAGAGCGGCUGCUUGUCAGUUGUACAUUCCUUUUUAUCCCUUUUUCAUUCUUGAAUUUAUUGCUUUGUAGGAUCUAAGACCCAAGAUGAUUUGAGAAGUUGGAAUGUAUCCCUUCUAACCAGUUAUAACAUGAUUUGUUUGAUCCUGAGCCAGUGGCAAUGGCAUAGGGGCCAGUAUACCAAUAGCUGGGGUCCCAGUUAUGUUGGGAGGCAAGAUUCCGCUCUUUUUAUCCUACAGCAUGGGAGCAAGUCUUGGCCUUCUUGUGAGUCUUAAGUCUACAUUCUGUCCCAUGAUCUCUGGGCCCUGGGAAUCUGUGUGUCACUGUGACAGAGGUAAAGAGACAGAUCAAACCCAGAGGGGCUCAUUCUCCUGGCUAUAUAAGCCAGCCACCAACCUGCAAGCAGCAUGGGGUUGGCUAGACAAAAGUCCUAGGCCCUUCUUUUCCAAGUGUAGCUUUCGUCACAGAACAGUGCUGUCUCUUCUUGGCAAUAGAUGCCAAAAAUUGGCCAUGGUUAAUGCCUAGGUAGGUUGCCUGUGACCUUAUCACCCAGCCAAGGAUGACGAUUUCUAAACAUUUCUGCUCCCUCUUCAAGGCUUUAUGGGAUCUCCCCUUUACUUUAGACCUCAGAUACUCUGAAGAAGCUUUGAGAGCCAGUUUGGUGUCUUCCGUGGGUUUCUUCUUGCUGUAAGGAACCAACCCCAUGCAUUUUGUUGAGCCAGGAAUUGCAUCUUGGAAAUUCCUGGUUUCUAAGUUGAUCUGUGCCGCUAGUUAAGACUCCAGAGUAGGCCUUAGAAAUCAGAGGGUCCAAAUGGGGACCUGCCUGGGCCACCUGCUGCCAACUGCUCACCUUGCUUUAGCUCCAGCCACUUGUGACAGACAGCAUUGUUUCCUUACAAAUUCCAGCAUGUGACAUUGGUGCCCUGUUGUUGUGAAAAACCUGUUCUGUUGUCUUUGAUGUAGUCCAAGAAAAUUCAUGUAGUUUACAUAAAAAUAUGAUUCACAAGGAAGCCAACUGUGUGUCUUGUGUUGGGACAAUUCAUAAUGUAGUUCCUAGACCACUUUUGCAAAUUGUUUGUGUCACGGGGCAUAUUCAGACAUUGCUGUGCAGUUGUAGGGGAGGGUGGGGGAAGGUUAAGUGGUGAUAACCAUACCGUUUAGGCAUUUUGUUUUUUACCUUCCCCAAGAGGGGAUAGUCUGGCCAACUUGCUCCAGUAAUGCAAUAAAGACAUUGUAAUAAAACACUUUUUGUCUUCAUGCUAUGGAGGGGUAGGCUGGGAGCAGGUUUGGGGAGGGGACAAGCUAAGAAAUCUAGGAUAUUGAAAAUCAUCAGAAUUCCUAAAUCUCCCUAGUAAGCACCAACAGACAAGUUCUGGGGCUGAACUUGGCCCGCCAGAGGUCACUAGCAUGUUUUCUCCACCCAAAAUAGGACAUAGACUCAGACACUG